AGUUACGGACCUCAGACGUGGAUCGAGCGUGUUUGACGGCUCUCGACAACAAGGUCUCUCGGGCUUUCGCUUCGCCGUUUCUUCGCCUUGGCUUCGUAAAACCGCAUACCAGUCAUCUCGAUUAUCUCGGUAGCGACCGACGGAUUCGAAGUAGAAUCGGAGGCGAGCUAGUGUUCGACAAGAUAGAGAAAAGGAACGGCGAUAAAACAGCGUAUGAGUGACAAGCUACAAACGGAGGAGAGAAACGACGACCUUGGACGAGGUGCGCGUGUGUCUCUUUUUCACGACUUUUUUAUCUCGCUUCCUUUCUCGAGACGUACGUUCGCGAGACCGCUCAUUAUCGAGAGACACGGACUAAUAAGACCGCGAGAGAUACAUCCGCGCGUAUAGAAGACCCAGAGGAGCGAAGGGGAAGCGGAAAGGAAGAAAAGAGGGACGAGAGAAAGCGAGAAAAGUGGGCAAAGAGGGAAGGAUUGUGCAUUUCCGGAGGCGGAGACUUCCUGCAACGCUGCCCCCCUAUCAUCUGCGUGAUACGUGCGGUGCGUGCAUCAUUUACGCACGCGAGAAUCGAGGAGGGUGCGCGCAAAGCGAUAAUUCGCGCGGUUCUUCACGAACGCGCACGUGCAACACGGACUGACGGUUGUUACGUCAAAGUGUACUUUGGUCGGCCGCCUGUGGAAACCGGCGAAUCGUGCGCGCGCGCGCCGACAGAAUCCGCGUGUAUGCGAUACACGUACGGAUUCCUCGAUCUCGAGUGUGUCGUAUCGUGAAAGUCGCGUCGACGGAUCCCGGGUGAUCGCUAGAUACAGUGUUCGCGUGUGUCAAGAACCGGUGGACCCCUCGCUUCUACCGCCGCCAAUUUAUCCGCAGCAUUCAUUACACGGAAACAGCCAUCGGGAGGGACGGAGAGAGAGAAGAAAGAGAGAGAUAAAAUACAAGAAAACAGAGAUAUACCGACAUUUGGAUAACAAUAUGAAAAGCAUUGUAUAAACUAUAAGAGGAUAAUAAUAACUCUACACAGAGGAUAAUAAUUGCCGUUAUUUCAUCUAGGCAAUUAUCUGAAUUGCUAAAUUCGACAUCGGCAAGAGAUUUGAUAAUUUCUUUCUGUCUUCGAAAGAAAUAAAAGAUUUGCGCUUUUCAGCUAUUAAUAGUAGAACUAUAUGAGCGCCAUAUUGAGUGAUUCUGAGCAAUCGUCAGUGAUGGACAGUCCACCUACGACGAAGAAGAAAAGGGAAACCCAACCAACUUGUAGUUUAUGCAAAAUUCAUAAUCUGAAAAUAUUGUCUAGUGCCCACAAAGGACGUUGUCUAGGCCUUUAUUGCAUAUGUAGCAAAUGCGAAGAUAAAAAGCAAUCACGGAAUAAAUCGAAAGAAGACACAAAAAAGGACAGACAAAAAAAGAAAGAACAAGAGAGACAAGCAAGAAUUAAAUUAAUUGGAUCUGAACUGAUCAAAGCCGAACCUAAACAAGACAUAAUUCCUUUUAUUAUACCUGAAGAAGACAAAGAAAAGUUACCUAAAGAUAUCGACGAAGAUAUGUUGAAGACAAUUAAGUUUGUUAAGAAAAGAGAGGAAAUUAUAUUUACAGGACAAAGAGAAAGGAAGCGAAAAGAAAAGAUAGACGAAGAGGAUUCGAGUGAGAAGCGUUUAAAACUAGAUUUCCCCUUUGAGACAAUUUCAAUCAACAAAUUCAAGGAUUUACUUCGCUAUGGGCUGUGCAUUUGCCUGGGAUGCGAUAUGCGAGAUAAUAUUAUUACUACUAUGAUCUUGUCCUGGAUAGACGAAAUGGUUGCCAUCACCCUCGAAUGUAGCUCAAGUAAAGGCACAGAAAAGAGUUCAGACGAAGCUAAAAGCCGCAUGUUUUUAGUCAGUCACGAAAUCCGCAGAGUGAUAGAAUCACAUGCAGAAAUCAAUUACAGAAAAUAUCUACAUGAGAACUUUGCACAAUGCUUUAAUGGAAUAGAUCCGCAGAAUCCAUUGUUGCCUUGGUCCUUUGAGUUAUUGAGGCCGACGAGUAUGAUUCCGUAUCCUAACAUGCCUAAAUCUACUCAUAUAUAUACUCCAUACUGUACUCGACCGAACACCGAUGUCUAAUAAAUUAAAUCGAGAAGAAAAACAUGUCAAAUCCAAAGAAAAUCGCGUCGUCUCCGAAGUGAUAAGACGGCUAUCAAGACGAGCGGUGGACUUAAGGAAUUUUUAAUCGGUGUUAGGUCAUUUCGGACAUCUCGAGGCAUCAACGUUGCUAUGUAUAUUCGAUGAACUGAGCAAAUCGAAGCUGAAAUCGAGAAUCGAAUGCUUUUUGUCACGAGAAAGCCGUCGAAUUCCAAGGGACGUUUCCAGACACGUUUUCCGUCCUUUAUUAGUCUUGAUCAUCGAUUGUAUUGGCGUCAUAGUCGUGAUUCUUUAAUUGCUCCGAUAAGUGAGGAAUUUCCAGUUAUUUCUCUAUGUAUGAUUUCUCUGCAAGUUUGAUUAAGCAAGAUCCUGAAGAACGAGAGAUCGUAAUAUGUUGUCACGCUUUUGACUCUCCUUAUCACUCGUUCUUGUUUAAUGAGUCCCUUUUUCGCGUGUCCGCAUGUCAUAUUAAAUUUGGAGCAAGAAUAGCGAAAUUAGAUAGCGAACUCAUCGUUCUAUUUGGGCGAUUAUAAACGUGUCAAGAUAAAUCACGCUGAAGAAUCUAUCUGAUCGCGAACAACAGUUUUAUUUGCAGAUUUUUUUAUCAAUGCAAUACGUUUCGCCAAUUGCGUGUGGAAAACCGGACAUCAAGGACGAUGGCGACGGCGAUACUAAUCGAAUUCAUCAAGGAAUUGUGGUGAUUUUUCUUGCCUUAAUAU